CAAGGGUUGGAUUCUCUCUAUCUUCGUUUCCUUGCCUUGUUGCUUUGGUUGGCCAGCCCACACUCAACCGCAUCCCAAUGCCGAUGUCGUGCUCCUGUAUAUAUACCGCGCAGCAUAUACACCAAGGCAGGCAAUGCAAAACAGCAGAGGCAACAACAACAAAGAACAAGAAAGCAACAAGAGAGGCGAGAAAUCGAAGCCUGGGCUCCCCAUUCUCGCUGCGGCGGCGGACGAGAAUGGGGGUGAUCGGGGAGUGGGGGCGAGGGCCGGUGAUCGGCCGCGGCGCGUCGGCGACGGUGUCGAUCGCCACCGACCGGCGCACAGGCCAGGUGUUCGCGGUGAAGUCCGUGGAGAUGGCGCGUGCCGGCGCGCUCCGGCACGAGCAGAGCGUGCUCUCUGCGCUGAGCUCCCCCUACGUGGUGUCCUGCCUGGGCUCCGCGGUGUCCUCGGACGGCGGCGGAGGGGCGGCGUCCAUGGACCUGUUCCUGGAGUACGCGCCGGGCGGGUCGCUGGCCGACGAGAUCAAGCGGCGCGGCGGGCGGUGCGACGAGGCCGUGAUCCGGUGGCGCGCGCGGGACGUCCUCCGCGGGCUGGCCUACGUGCACGCCGCCGGCGUGGCGCACUGCGACGUCAAGGCCCGGAACGUGCUCCUGGGCGGCGACGGGCGCGCCAUGCUGGCCGACUUCGGGUGCGCGCGCUGGGCCGCGGCGGAGGGCGCCUUCAGGGGCGGCACGCCGGCGUUCAUGUCGCCGGAGGCGGCGCGUGGCGAGGCGCAGGGCGCUGCGGCGGACGUCUGGGCGCUGGGGUGCACGGUGAUCGAGAUGGCCACGGGCGCGGCGCCGUGGCGGUGGAUCGCGGACCCCGUGGCGGCGCUCCGUCACGUGGCGUGGUACGGCGAGGUCCCGCGGGCGCCCGCGUGGCUGUCGCGCGACGGGAAGGACUUCCUGUCCCGGUGCCUUGUCAGGGACCCCGCCGCGCGGUGGACGGCCGAGCAGCUGCUGGCGCACCCGUUCGUCGCGUCCGCCAGCUGCUGCGAGGCGGCCGCGGCCGCGGACACCGCCGCGCCGCCCGCGCGGUGGGUGUCGCCCAAGAGCGUCCUCGACAACCCACAGGGCUUCUGGGAGGAGGAGGAGGAGGAUGUCGACGACGACGAAAACUGCUCGGGCUCCGACGCGUUGACAGCUGGCACCGGCACGACGGCGGCCUACCGCGUCGGCGCGCUGGCUGGCGACGCCGACGACUGGACCUGGAGCGGCGAGACCUGGAUCACCGUCACCACCAGCAGCAGCAGGAACGACGGCGCUGCGGCGGCGUCAUCAGGAGGAUCCGAAGCGGACGCCGCGGCAGGCAGCGGAGCGGAAGCGUCCGAGGCGAGCGCCGGCGUCGGUGAUGACGCCGCGGGCGGCGUGGCGAACUUGCGCCACUGUAACUCUAACUGUAACCACGCGAUUAGCGGCAGUAAGCCAGUAACAGCGAGUGCUCCAGUAGCGAUUCGGCAAUCAUCAGUAGUAAUAACAGCGAACAGAGGUGGUUAGUUAGCUUUCGUGGUCCGAGCUGGCGGCAGGCGUUCGGUGCUGUACCUGUACAGCUUUUGGGUGUGGGAGCUAGUCAGCUAGCGUCCCUUUCGUCACGUGCCGGCUUACGGCUUACGCCUCCGUCAUGGCGUGCGUGCGUGGGUACGUCGCAGUCGUAACGGGGGGAUCCCAGUCUCAGUGGCCAUCCCCAUCAGGACGGAUUCGAUACGCACCGGAUGGAACAACCGGGUAAACGGACGCUGAGAAGUUCUGAUGACAGAUGGGUUUAAGCAACCUGAUGGAACUAACCACCGUUGGUUGGGGCACUCCUAGUGGGUGUGUUGUGGUAGUGUCUUAGGCUAUUAAUAGGGGCAUUUUGGUGGUUUGGAGCAUGUUUAGGGGAACUCCCUAUGCACACCAUGUGUUAUUGCCCUCUCUCCUCUAAGACACCACCUAAGAUAUUUUGCAUUGGAACGGCUCUUAGUUAGUAUAUGAUAGAGCAAGUAU